CGACAAACGCAGCCCAAAGUAAACAUUCUACGAUGUGAAACUUUAACAAACUAAGAAGAUGCCAAUGGAUUACUUAACAUUUAGUUGAUUAAUAAAGGAAAUUCUACGGUGAAAAUUUAAGAUGGCAGAUGGCAGCUACAAAUGCCAUGACUGUCACAUGACUUUUGGGUCCCUGAAUCUACUUCAGAAGCACAAGCAGAAGUUUUGUGUGGGAGGGUCCGUCGGGGACCCUGACAGUUUACGACUACGGAAGGGACUAUGGUCAGCGGAUGACCCUCCCCCCAGACCCUAUACCCCUGAGGAGAGGCCAUUGUCAGGAGGGGAGAAACUAGAAGCCAAGGUACGUCACCUCCAAGCAUUGAAAGCCGAACGAGAAAAAAGUCGAGAUAUUCUUAACUUAGAGGAAAGGAUCCUGUUGGAUACAUUAGAAGAUAGGGAUGGUGUCAAAUGUUAUGGUCCACCUUACAGAAGUAGAAGCAAGCUUCCUAUGUCAAAAGACACAGAAGUGCAACAACUGCAAUUACAGUAUGAGAUCUUGAGAGAAAGAGAGCAGAUAAAGAAGUUACAGCAUGAUCUAAGAAAGGUUGCCUCCCCUGUGGGGAGGGACACUCGUCUGGAUAACUACUCCCCCAUGUCCAACUCUAGCAUGAGUAUACACCUCCCAGACGAUGAUUAUCAGAGGUAUAAUCCAAACCAGGAAGCUCAGCUGAAGCAGCUGGCAGAGAAUCAUGGGAGACAGAUGGAGUACCUACAGCUCCGGAAUAGGGAUCUGGAAAAACAGAAGGAAGACAUACAGCGGAGGCUUUCAGAACUGGGAAACAAAGGCCGGCCCAAGGGUGGGGAGGACUCAGGCCAGUUGUUGGCUGAGUUGAGGGCACAGGAGGAACGUAAUCAGAGGGCUCUAGAGGACCUCAAACGACAGUUGUAUGAUAUCAACCACCAGAGGGUCAAUAUCAUAGAGGUGGAUAAAGGACACCCCCUCCCUCCUCCUCUCCCACCCCCACAACCAGAAACAGGACGGAAGUCAUAUGUUUACCCCAUUUACUAUGGCAACUCAAUGGUAGCAGAGAUAAGUGCCAUACGACAGGCAUACCUACAGAACGGUGGUAACGACCCCGACAUUCUCCAACAGAUGGCGCAGAUGCAGGCCGAGGCCCAGAACAUCGAGGACCAAAUGAAAAGAGCUGGAUACGAUAACAGACACCGAGAGAAGAAAGACACGACUCAGAUCACACAGUUGGAGUUGGAGAAUGAACGGCUGCACAGGGAGCUGAUGCUUUUACAAGAACAGAACAUUUUAGCACGUGAAAGAAAGAAAACUGAGCGAGAAGAGGAACUAGAGCGACAGCUUCGUCAGCUGAGAGAGGACCAGUUAAGGAAAAUGUAUGAGCUUCAGAACGAGAUAAACCUCCUUAAGAACCGGCCCCCUGUAGAGAUCACCCAGCGGCAGGUUCUACCCCCUCCCCCCACCAAUGCUGAUACACCCUGGCUCUUGCAGAGACCCUACGUAGAAGUGGAACCCAUGGCCCCAUAUGACCAGUAUGCUGGGUUUGUGAUUUUCUAUGACCUAGUUCUGAACCUUGAUCCCAGAGUGACUGCCUGUAGGUUAAUUGUGGGCCUACAUGGAGUGUCAGCACAAAUGGGCGAGCCCACAUUGAUGCCCACAGUUUACACUGAGCCUGUUACUCGAGGCAGAGCCUACAUGUCAAACAAUUCUAAUGCAAUCAUAGGAGCCAGACAGCCUGUGCCAAAGUGUCCAGCAGAUUCAGACCUUGGAAUUGUGGUGGAGCUACAAACAUCUGGGGGACCUGGAUCAGAUUAUGACAAACACAGUCUAAUUACGAGAGCUUGGACUAAACUUCCUCUCUUCGACAGUAAAGGGCAGCUUCUUGCUGGAAAAUUCCGCAUUCCCUUCAGAAAUGUUCCCAUUAAACCCUAUCUUCAUCCUAGUCAACUACAAAACAUAGACAAGUUCCAGGAUGCCGAGCUUUACUACCGAGUGGUCAAUAUGAGGGACAUGGAGGUCCAGUCAUUGGUCAAUAUAUCAGCGGCCAACUACAAUCAGUACCGCCCUCCCGUGAUGUCCCCGCUGAAACCUUUCUCACCUCGCGCCCCUCCCACUGCAUCCACAGGGCUAGGAAGCUUUCAUAGUCAUGUUCCUGGCUCCCUGCACAAACCUCUCCCUCCCACCUCACCCCCGCCAGCAAGAUUCUCUCCCCCCGAGUCCAGGCAGUCCAGAAGCCCUGACCCAGUUCACUAUGAUACAACAUAUCAUACCCCCGUCCCCACCCCUCCUGCUGCAGUACCUGUGGUACCCCCCAUUGCACGCCCUGUACUUCCCACACCUCCCUCUGAGCAUGCUCAGUCUGAACACCCCGACUCAGAGGUCCCUGAAUCUGAGCGCUCUAGCCGCCAAGAACAGCGCUUACCCAGUAUCCAGCCUGGCAAGGUCCAGCCACAGGAUACAACAAUCGGAUUCCAGGUUGAUCGCGUCAAACACGCGGAAAACGGGGAGGGAAAAGUCCGCUUAACGGCGUACUAUGCCUCCACUGGAAAGAUUGUACAGUCCUCCAUUAGUCCUGUAACCUGCAGCACAACUGCAGUCAAAUCAAAUUUCAAACAUGGCUACCAUGUUUUUGGCCAACAGGAAGCCACAUUUAAUGAUGUAGAUAUGCAAGGUGAUAUGGUUCUUAUUGCACGCUUCUACCUAAGGAAGAGACAGACAGACUUGUCAGAUUUUGCAGCAGACCCUACAAAUGAAGCCACACUAUAUGAUGAGGAAACUUUGGCUGCUUGGUCAGCCAUUCCUCUGGUUCUUUGCACGGAAAAUCUCAGUGUAAGGGGUAGAAGGAAUUUCAAUCCCAAAACAAUGCAGAUAAACAUUGGUACACACACCCUGAAGCUGUACUUACCCCCAGUUCCUGAUCCCAGUCGGAUCCCAAUGGAUGAGAUCCCAGGGAACAAUGACUGGAGGAGGUAUGGGAAGAGUACCCUCAGAGUCCACAUCUUCCAGGGGAAUCCCCGCCCAGGCUCCCUGACCCCCAGUGACCUGUCGGAGGAUGGAGAGGAGGUUCUACCAGAGUACUCCUGGCUCCCAUGUGAGAGGAGCCGGCCCUGUAAAGAUCCUUUCUUGUCUGGUGAUGGUUUUGAUGUUUACGUGGAUGCCUGCAGAUUUCUCCCAGACUCUGUCACAUUUACAAAGGUGGCGGCACGAGUAUUGGACAGAAAAUAUGAAGUUCAUGGAAAGGAUAUUAAUGCUACUGUCAAACUGGAUAGUGACAUCUAUAACCCGGUGUACGAAACCAAAACAGAGUUCAGGGAAAACAACAUCCCACCUUCUUCAACUAUCUUGUUCAAGGUUUACACAGUGGACAACUUUUACAAACAGUUGACAGUGGUUGGUUAUGCCACACUGAAUGUGUUUGUGGAAUCAGGGACAGAAAGACAACCUACUAUAGAUAAACCAGGGCUACAGGUGUCACUAAAUGAGGGAGCCCAUCAGUUAAGGUUGUACUGUCAGGGUCCUAAUGGAGUAGACCCCCUCACAGAGUCCAUUCUCCGGGACUCGGGGAUCAGAUAUGUACCCUGUGCCUCCCUCCUAGUGAGACUCACCAGAGUAGCCAAAGGACCAUCAGGGAAAGCCCUAGAGCAAAGCAAAGUUCCACAAGCUGAUUGGUUAAGACUUGGCCUGUACCAGCCCAGGCCUAAGUACACAGACAGAAUAUACUACUCUAUGAAGUGCCUGCCUUCCAAUGGAGAGAGCAAGUUAUUCCACUCCAUGAUGAGGCGUCCUGCCAUCAAAAUCCGAGACGCUGUAGCCAGGAUAGCCCAGGCCAAGGAGAGCUUCUACCGCAACGACAAAAACCUGGACGAGUACAUACGAAAUAAACUAACCAAGGGAGACAACAAGCCUUUGGAUAUAGAUUUAACCUUCAUAAGUCAAUACAGUGCUAAACAGGGGAUUAAGGUUGCUGUUGAUGGUGCUACAAACUUACCCUGGACUCACUUCACACAUGCUCACAUCUGUUUAAAUCCACCGGGGGCAUUUUACAUGGGCGCUCCACAUGCUACAUAUGACAAAUUGAUGUUCACAGAGUUUCUGGAUCUAAAAUCCACCAACACAUCUCCACAGUGGAGAGAUGGAUUUAAGCAUUUCCCCAACAGAUCCUACCAUCGCUUCCUGACUGUCAUCAUCCAUCUCCAGGAAGUCCAGGUCACGGUCGCCAAGGAAAACUACAAAUAUGGACUACUGGAACAGGCCUGGACCCCACUUCAGGUGUUUACAGACAACUAUUGCUACACGUCCACCUUUCAGCUCCCCCUGUUUGAUGGCUCCCCCACCCCUCAGCUGCUCAAACAGCUGGCCAGGGAGCCGUGUAAAGACUGGAUGGAGAGGAACAUCCGCAGUGGAACACUCCAUUUAAUUGAAGGGGCGUCUGUGUAUGUCCGUUUGGCUGAUGCAAGGCGAGAUGAUGAGCUGGCUGGGGAUAUUCCUGGAAAUAAACUGCUUGAGGUGAACACUGACUACAUACCCCCUGAAUGGGAGGAAAAAUAUUCCAGGGAGAAACCAGGAAAACCCCUCGAGUCCAUGGUUCCUCAGGGGAAAACUGCAGAGCAGUUUGUAGAUGGACUGGCCACAAAAUUCAAAAAUUUGGUGUACAAACUUUAUGAGGAAGGAAAUGUGAAGUGAAAUGGAACAAAAUGGCAAUAAACAGAAGGACUAUUUGCAAAACCAUGCAAGAUUAAUCUGCUUUUCCAGAGGGAUCAAGAGUGCAACAAGAAUUCUCACCAGUGCUUUACUUAUUUUUUUUUCAGCUAGAAUGCAUCAAUUUUAAAUGUUGACCAAUAUUAUAGGAAAUGCUGUUAUACUGUACAAACUUUCCAGUGCAUAUUUUAUUUCAUUCCAUAUACUGUUAAGAGCUUUAAUAUUUAUUAUUAUGUGUAUUUAUUUUUAUUUAUUGACUUUAAUCUGGUACAUGAGUAGAUUGCAAAAUAUUAUGACCUUUGAAUUUUACCUGACAUAUUAUUGUAUCUUGUCUUUUCACAAAAUAAUUAUAUGGGUGUUUAACCCUCAAAGUCAUAUGGACAUGCAUUUUGUGUUUAUGUGGUAUUUCUCCCACUGUUUAUUUGUAACAUUUAUUUUAUACCCAUGUGUACAUCACUCAAUUUUACUGUAUAUUUUGUACAAUCACAUGAUGUCUUGAUCAGACUUUCUGAAUCCUCACACCGUGGUUUUCUAUAUAUCACCACUCUCUGAAACUGAUGAAUUAGUUCACUGUAUAGGUGUACAUGAUGUUUUUUCUCUUGCAUAUCAAAUGGCUCCUUGAAAAAUGUUUCAGUUGAAGUAAGAAUUUGGAGAAAUUAAACCAAAAUCAAGCACAACUUUCUGUGCAUAAUAAAUUUUCAGUUUUUUUUCUAUGGGUGGCACUGUAAUUCUCUGGUCAUACAAUUUUUUCAGACCAGCAAGCUAUAGAUUUGCAGCUUUAAACCAAGCAAACAAAGCAUUUUCAAGGAACUUUGUGAUAGGCAAUGGAAAAAAAAAGUCACAUCAUAUAAUGUGUACUGUCAGAUAUUGGUGAUAUGGAUUCAGAAAACAACAGUGUGGUGAUCCAGUAAGUCGGAUCACGCCUUCACAUGAUUAAAAUUUACAGUAAAGUUGAGUGAUAUACAGUUGGGUAUUUAACAAAUAAAUAUUAAUAGGGUACAUUCAGAUGAAAUGUUAGUUCCAUAAAUAUUUUUAAUGAACUAUAGAUCUCAAACAUUAUAGGUUAUAAUGGGUAUAUGUGUAGUGUGCAUUUAUAGUGAAUAUUUUAGUAUAACUGGUGAUGCAUGUUGCUAUAUUUUUUAACUGUGUUAGGGAUUCUUUUUUAUCUAUUCAAUAAAAAUUAUGCACAUAUUAUUUUAACAUGGUGUCAGAAUACUGUGAUAUUAUUAAAUUAUUCACUAAAAUGCUUUAUAUCAAACUUAUUUGUGACUUGUUGAAAUAAGUUGAUAAGUAAACACAUCUUAA